GGCCUUAGCAGGCCUGUCGCUACAAAACGCGCUAAAGUGGUAAACUUUCCAUUUCUGGUCAAUAAGCAGCAGCAUCAGCUCCAAACUCACGAGAUGAAUGGCUUUUUGGCAGGUGCAAGCUGAGUCACAACCUCCUUUCAUCCUCCUGCUGCCAUGAAUCCGAAAGCAAAUCUUCCGGCAGCGUGACGGGGCUUUUUUCACUUUCCACGCACUCAUUCAUCUAAACAACACAGCUCUUCGUUGACUCAACCUAAGCAGAUGCAUCCACCAUUUUGGAAUCGUCAAAACUUUGCUUACCAUUGACUCGCCCUGGAGCAUCCUUAGCAAGGCAUCUCCUAGAAUGCCUGCGCAGUAGGGUGAGCCAAGUUGAAAAGGAAGAGGAGGAGCGGAAGCUGACGAGAACUAUCGUUUUUGCGUCAAGCUUACGAUAGCUUCAACCUCAAAACUCUUCGAAUCACUUUAUUGGAUAUCACAACCACGGUCAAAUUGCUCCAAAGAAAACAAGACUCGCACAAUAUGGCAUCCCUCCCGAAUCUGCUUCGUGACAGCAAAAUCAACGCCCUCAGGGAGCAACUGAGACGACACAAAUCGCAACCCAAAGCCCAGCAGCAGCAGGAGUCGCAAACCCCAAGUCCCGCCGAGAUUCUUCGCACCUUCACUGCCGCCAGGAAGCGAAAGGACAGCGCCAGCGCGCUCCAGAACAAGGAGUGCUUCAACAAGCUGUGGGCGCUGGGCCGCGAGCCGGACCGGCUCGUCGCCAACCCGCGGCUGCACGCGCUGCACAUUUCUCAGAGCCGACCGCGGUGCACGGGGCCUGACGAGGUCAGGAAGAAGAGUCUGCUCGCGCUCGAGGUCACGCCGGAGGAUGUCGUUGACGUCGAGAUGGUGGAUGGCUGGAGUCUUUGCUCUGAUGAUCUGGAUGAGGAUGGGGAAGACGACGAGGGUAAAUGUGAUGACAUGCAAUCCAUCGACCCGUAGCCCGAGGAGACUUUUAAUUGUGGCAGAUCUCACGGGCCAAGUCGCUUCUCGCUGGCGGGACCACGCCAUUCGAAUUCGGACCAAGAAGAGAAGGAAGAGGUGACAACGACAAAGGCUGAAGAGGCAGAAAAGUUGGAGCCGCCGCCUUCCCACCCGCUAUAUGAGAGCCUCCGCGAUGACGAAAAGAUACUUGGCUUGCUUCGCUUCUUUGACACGGAUUGCAAGGCAGAAGUUAAAAAGGGUUCAUCAGUGGCAGUGGGCAAUGGUCUUUUGAGGUCGGAUUCGAACGGCGGUCAAGGCGGUUGGGAUAAUACAGUCUGGGUCGUGGACACUGACAACACGACUCUUGGGUAUAGCCAAUCGGGGAACGGAUACUGGAUCAAGUGGUGAUGGCUGUGUUGUGGGCUACUUUUCGGCUUGGGCGUAUCCAGAGACUGUAUGCUGGCGGCUGUUUACUCUUCCAUCACCCCUUCAAUUCCUUCUCUUUGUCACCUGGCUCGAUCUACAACUCGGUCAUGACACUUUGCGGGCAUAGACACAGUUCAACGGUUGACCUCACAAGAGAAUCACCACCCCUUUUAUUACACAUCCAUUUUGUUUCCCUAGGGAGAACAAGGAGAUUUUAUAUACCCAAAAAGGAAAUUUUGCCAGUCUGGAGAGAGUAAGAAAGAUAUCGCCGAGUAACUCCCGCGUACGCAUUAAAAACAAGCCCGCAACAUAAAAAAAAAUGCAGCUUCUUCAUCCCUCGAAAGACAAGCUCAACAAAUCACAGAUUUCAUUGCCUGCUUCCCAACCCG